AUGUACCAAACACUGCCAGCAGACAGAGUGUACGAUGCUUUUCAACGUGUUGCUGUAUGGGACAACCACCGAAAAUCCUUCAUUGUAGAUAUACCAUCUCUCUUGUCCUUUAUGAACGGAGAGCCAGUUCGAUCAUAUUUUAAAGAUGACCAGCUGCUCGAAAUGCUGAGAUACAUUUGCCAACAACAAGACACUUGUUCGUAUGAUGAAUUCCAAACGUUCAUUCAACAAGUGGCAACCGAAGAAACAAGGAUGAGAUCCAUGGCACCUACCAAACCUAAAUAUAUCGAUGUUUGUUUUUUACUCGAUAUUACCGAUUCCAUGCAACCUUGGAUCACCUUGUCCAAACAAUGUAUUCAAAGAAUCAUCGAUGAAAUGAAAAAAACAGGAUCUCAGUGCGUCAUUCGCUACGGUUUUGUUGGAUAUAGAGACAAAACCGACCAGGAACCGUAUACUUUUCAGCCAUUCUGCGUCGAUGCUUCUCAUGUUGUUACGAAACUGGAAGGAUGUCAAGCAAGUGGAGGCGAUGACUUUGCUGAGGACGUGGAUGAAGGUCUCAACGUUGUAUUAGCCAUGGACUGGGUAUCAUGUACAAGAGUAUUGAUUCACAUUGCGGACGCUCCUGGGCACGGAAAUCAUAUGCAUGACUUUGGACCACAGUACGAUUAUUAUUAUGAACAUAGCUCCUCGCAACAAACUUUGAAUCUGUUAUUGUCUUUGGUUGAAAAAAAGAUUGAUUACACUUUCUUUCAAAUUGGUCCUUAUACAGAAAAGAUGACGACGUUGUUUCGCAAUCAGAUGGAACAGUACAACGAGAAAAACAGCUCUCCAAAGUAUGUACUGUCUCUAGACAACCUUUCAAACUCGAUUGAGGACACUGAGUUUUUGAAAAAGAUUACAGAGCGAAUUAAACAGGCUCAGGAUAAUUCUGCACUUCGUAUCAGUAAUAGUGAAAUGGCUAAACAGUUGAUAAGAAAUGUAAACUUGAACGCUUUGGACGACAUUGAAUGGGAGAGAGUAAAACAACUGCCACCAAGAAAGGGAAAAACCAUUACGUUUUUAUACCCAUUUAAAAAUAUGAAUGGCAAGAGCCCUCGUGAGUUCUGGGAACAAUUCAGCUCGUCAUCAUCUCCUAAAUACCAAUGCCAUCAAGUUCCUAUUAGCAUUGCCAUCGAUACAGAAAAGUACGGUGAAGGUGCACAAAGAACAUCUUAUCGUGCUUUUGAUAAAGGUUGGGGAGUGAAGCUCUUGGUUAAAAAGUGUCACAGUUGUCGCUCGAUCGAGGAAGAGAUCGCAACCUGCAAAGAGGUUGUGGAGGACCAAUACGUUUCAAAAGUAAUGGCUGACAUUUUCAACUCCAAAACUGACAUUGUAAAGAUUGGACUCAAAGUACUUGAAAUUCAAUUGUUGGUGUUUACUGAUGCCAAUGACGACAUUAGUGAAAUUUAUACCCUCGAGUCGUUUAUUGAAGGAGAGUACAUCAAAUAUUUUGAUAAUUUGGGAAAUAAUGUAUUUUAUGACAACGUAUGUACAGACAUCAACUCGAAAAACGCUCAUGAAGUAGCACAAGCAUUCUCUCAUUGGACAUACGAAGCCUCUGGCCAACAAAUGCUUGUGUCAGAUAUUCAAGGAGUGGGUUAUUUGAUUACCGAUCCAGCGAUAAUUACAAACUAUGGUUGUCGAAGUUUAACAGAUAUGGGAAGACAGUCCAUUGAGAACUUUUUUUCUUCUCAUGUUUGUAACACCUUGUGUAAGAACCUUGGCCUUACAAGUCAGUAUGGUUGCCAAACGUUGUACUUGCCAAUGAAUACUAACAUUCCUAGAGGAGUGUCGUUCUACAGAUUCUGUUCUGGUUAUGGAUGUACAAAUUUCAAACCUUUCAAAGCAGGAGAUGCUCUUGGAGUGCGUGAAUACGUUACUUAUUGCGACAAGUGCGAGAAAUUAACUUCCAUUAAGGCUGAAAAUCAGCACUGCAAAGUUCCCGGUUGUCCUUUGAAGUUUUACGUCGACAUUUGGUUCUGGCACUCUGUGGGAAAAAGACCACCAACCAAAUGUCCUUAUCACAGAGGAAAUCCAAGAAUUGAAAAGGAUUGGGUUAAGGAAAAUCGUCUUCCAUAUGAUGCAAGAUUUACAUUAGAAGAAUUUCACAAGUACUUGGAGAAGGAGAAGAGCAAGAAAAAACCACAGUUCAGCGAGAAGGUGAAAAAUACUGAAUGUCGUUCUCUGCUUGUUAGCAAUCUUCCAUCUGACAUUAAUGACAAUACUAUCAGACGCAUGUUUGGCUAUUCUUGUACCAUGUACCCAUUUCGAAAGAACGCCAUCAUUGUGGAAUUUAAAACAGAGCAAGAGCAGUUGGAAAAGUUAGGACUUCAAGGUCAUAUUGUUGGAAGACGGAUCCUCCAAGUGGAACAGUAUUUUGGCGAGCUUCCUUCUAAAAGACUGUUUCUUAAAUGCAAGUCAGAUUCAGUUGACAUGCUGAAAGAAUAUUUUAGUAGAUAUCAAGUGACGCCUAAAUAUAUAAUUAAGGAAGUAGGCGUUUUCAUUCAAUUUUCUUCCAUCGAAGAAGCUUGUCGUUUUGUGAAACAAAAGCCGUUCGGAAAAGAACCAUUUUUGUUUUCACGACCAAAAGAGAAGUCCUUAAAACACAACAAACAUAAUGAUGGUGGUCACAAUCUUAACGUUAUGUGUAGAGCAGAAUCAAACUUUCUUCAGUAUCAAGAUCCAGGAUAUUAUUGA